GUCCACAGUGACAGAGCGGAUCGGCAGCACCAGCGCACUGUGAGCAUCACCAUCCAGCCGACAUGGACUUCUCUAUCCGAGCAGCCAACGUGGAGGACUGCAAGGACAUCGCGCGGAUGAUCAUGGAGCUGGCAGAAUAUGAGAAAAUGGCAGACCAGGUGAAAGUCACUCAGAGAGACUUGGAGCAAGAUGGCUUCUCCAAGAACCCGUUCUUUCAUGGGAUCGUCGCUGAGGUGCCAGAACAGCACAGAACCAAAGAAGGCCAUACGAAGAUAGGCUAUGCACUUUACUUCUAUUCCUACAGCUCGUGGAUAGGCAGAGCCGUUUAUAUGGAGGACUUGUACGUGAUGCCUGAGUUCAGAGGGAAGGGCAUUGGGAAAGCACUUAUGAGUAAGGUAGCACAGCUGGGCCUGGCUGCCGGGUGCCACCAGCUCAACUUCACCGUUCUGGACUGGAACAAGUCAUCUCUGGACUUUUACGUCAGCCAGGGCUGCGUCGAUGUCACAGCUAGCAUGGGCUACCACUGUAUGCGUUGUGAGGGAGAGGCGCUGCAGAACCUGGCCCAGCCUUAACCCAACAUCGGGCUCAUGACCUCGCGACCUUCACAGCCCCGAGGUCAAUCCACACAGUGCAGGGAUAGAGCACCACUCUGUGGCCCCUUUCCAAAACUAGACAAUGACAAUCGUCAAGCCGAUUUUAAAAUAACUGACUGUUUGCUAAGCCUUGCCCCCGCUUAAGUCAUUCUAAAAUGUGUGGCAGAUUUACUACACAAAAUUCUUGCUAAUUUCUCAACACAAUAAGCAUCCUUCUCACUUCUAUUCCACCAUCUUUUUUCAGUUGAAAUUAUAACAGCUAGCAGAUUAUAUAACAAUUGUAGUUAACUGAAGUUGACUAGUUAGUCAACAUUAACUACGGCAAUGGCAGCCUUUUUUAGUUGACUCACACUGAAACAAGAACCUUGCAAAAACAUUCACAUCGUGGCUCCAUACAGUACAUGAUAAAAUGAAAAUGCUAACAUCUGCUCCAGGUACAAAGUUAGCAUUGUUAGAUCCAUGUUUUGUUGUUUGUGUAGUAACAUAAUGCUAACUUGAGUGAUGUUGGCUAGCUAUAUAGAAAACUUUUCAAAUUCAUUACGCACAUCGACUAAAUGUUGUCCUAAAAUCAGAUUUUGUAGCAUUUUGGUUCACACAGUCCUGAGAAUGGGUUUUUUCUAAGUAAACUUCCAAAAACAUUUUUUAGGUUACGACUUGUGAGCUAGUUUGCCAGCCAUGCUGAUGUUGGCAGCUUUUGUUAGAGCUGUAAAUUGUUGCAGAUAAACAGUUUAUUGACUCCUUACAAUUACACUGUCCUAUUUUUGAUGUUUGAAAGGCUAAUAACAGAAGACAGAAAGGUCUGGACACUAAAGUAUAAUCUGUAUCCCAUUAAACAAUAAAAACCCAUUUUCUGUUUUUCUGUUUAAAACCAAUAACAGACAAAACAACAAAAAUAAAAGGUCAGGGUACAAAAGUACAUUUCAUUUUCCAAUCAAAAACCCAAAAAUUUGAAAAUGGGAGGAUUUUUUGUUUUUACCAUUUUUAACCAACAAUUUCAAAACAAGGAAAAGGGGCCAUUUUCCCAUUCUUCUAAUAUCUGUCAACAUUGAAAACCAAAUUGAACAAAGUCUCGUUUUGACCCGUAUGCAUCUCUUUAGUACAAAGAAACUGGACAAUCACCAUUUGGGGCAGGAAUUUAGCAAAUGGUCAGUUAUCUUAAUUCAUAAUUAGAGUCCAGGAUGUAGUUCUAAGUAUUGGAAUGGGGCCUAUGCAAUACUUUUAAAUAGUACAUUACAGAGGCACUGAAAUCUGUGUAUUGUGUUUUCCCCUCGUGAUGUGUUAUGAUUUUAGUGAUAAAUGGAUCCGAUAAUUCAUCCACAGUGUGAAGAAAUUAGAAGGUAUGGUGAUAGGAAAAGUGUGAUAAAUGUGUGUAUGUAGUGGGACUUUUAGAGAAAGUCUUGACAUUAAGUAUAAAACAUCAUUAUCUAGAAAUUAAAUGUGUUUUUUUUGCACAAAGAUCCACAAAGCCAAAAUCAAAAAUCAAGAUGCACGUUUCACUGUAUGACUGUUGAAAAAAAUGAGUUUUAUGUAUCCUAUCCCUUUAAAUUUACUGUAAACUAUGACAACAGCAACCAAAGAGUCAGUCACCUCGACCCCUCGUCUUCCAGAUGAGGAGCGCUGUAAAGCUGUUGUAAAGCACAACGUUGGUAUUUGCACUGUUUUCGUCCUUUUAAGCUAAGUAUGUACAAAGUUGUCGUAAUGAAACUGUGCACUGAAAGGAUCUGUUGAACUCAACCUAAAACCUCCUUCCAUGCAGCCAAACUCUCGAGGCUGGUUUUAAAGAAAUGGAUGAAGCCUAGAAUCAAACAAAAACAUCCAUCUGGUGGAAUUUAAAAAAUAAAAGUUGUUGGACUGGGAUCUGUCCAACAUCUUUGGACCUGUCCUGCUAAAGUGAAAGUGGCAGAAUUCUGGUCUGCACUUCUGUUUUAUAUUCUGUCUCAUUUUUUAAAAAAAGAGGGUGUUUUGUAUCAUUUCCAGCAAUCUAAUGAAACCAGGCUGAGUUGUGGGUUAUAUUUAGUUUGUUUUCUUUCUCUCUAAACAAGUAAAAACCACUGACCCUUCUUGGUAACUUUUGCAAUUUACAUUUGUGUUCAUACUUUGUUUGCAAGAUAAUUCAGGAAAGAAUGUGCGGUAUUUAUUUAUUUUUCCAUCUUUAGGACAUCAAAUUCACGUAUCUGUGCUGAAAUGUGCAAAAUGUACUGACUGCGUGGAAAAGUACAUUUAAUGUGCUUUUACCAAAAAAUCAAUUAGAGUCCAAGGGAAUUUGAAGAUAUAUUUAAAUCCGCUCUUUUCUGUAACUUCCCAUCAGAAUACGAAACCAAGAGCUAUAAAUCAUACAGUUUGUGACUCUGUUCCCGACAUAGAUUCCCCAAAGUACUUCAAAAUCAAAGUUCAACUCUGGUUUCUGUCAAUUCCAGCUGCAAUAAAUCUCUGAAGAGCAAUUUUGCAUACGAAAGACAACAACAGCAUGAACAGAUAGUUAAAUAUUUGAGGUGUUUAUUCAGAUUUUAGUGUGAUGGAUGGGGAUGUAAUUACUACACUGUGUCACAAUCAGUGCAAGUAGAUGCAACGACCAUGUACUUCAGUUUCCACAGCUGUGCUGCUGUUUAGUUGUUAGGAAGGACCUUUGGGUACCCAUACAUGUUCAGAUUCAUGUUGUGAGAUGUGUUCGUGUAUUUUCAUAUGUUAUGUACAGCCACUGAUGUUUUCUGCCAACACAGGCAUCGGUUUUAACAUGUUCAUCCUGUUUUUGUCUCUUAAGUGGCUGAAGUUGGGUGGAAACCUUGUGAAUCCAAAGUGACUUUUCUGGAUCACAGUGCAUUUUAGACUUUGUUCACUAAGUUCUAAAGGGCUUCAUGGGAUCAAAAAACUCACAAAAGGAGCAGGACAUCCCUCUGAUGAAAUUAAAGUCGCCCAAAAAAAGGAUUCAUAUGUUUUUCACAUGACAUCAGCCAAAUGUUUGACAUUAUUAAUUUGGAGACAAAUAUGUAGCUGCUAGGAUUUUGUGUCAUUUGCCAAGACAGAAAACCCCCAGGUCCAUUAGAAAACACAAAAAGCCAUGUUACUGUACAUUCAGCCCUGAACUUGCAUGACAGUCAAAUGCUGGCUUCAUUAAAGUAUUGUAGGCUUCCUGUUGUCUCCCAUUCUUGAAAACCAGACGUGUCUCACUGUUUACCUGUAUACUUGUUCUCUGCUCAAUUGACAUUGAUCAGAUUAAUAAAAUCUAUCAGACUGCUGUGUAAA